UGGUGAAGCUGAGUGAAGCUUUCAGACACACAGAGACUAAAACCUCCAGAUCACUUCCUCUUGAGUCCAGCCAGAGAGCAGCAGCUGGUUCUCAUCCAGAUCCUCCAGAGAGACGACAAGGAGGAGCUCUGACAUCCAGAGAGGAGCAGGAGGAGGAAGAGGAGGAGGGACCAGACUGACUGGACGAUGGAGGGAAGACGUGUUCUGCAGCUGCUCUGUCUGACCUUCACUCUCAUCUCCACCACUCUGCCAUCUCCUCCAGCAGGACUGACUGUGAGUCCCAGCAGGUCUCAGUUCCUUAAGAGAGACUCAGUGUCUCUGAGCUGUGAGGAGGACGGAUGGACAGUUUGGAGGAAGACCAAAAGAAGAGAGAGGAGUUCAUGUAAAGAUGGGUGGGGAGAACCUGCUGGUUCCUCCUGUAACAUCGGUGCAAUUUACUCCAGAGACAGUGGAGUUUACUGGUGUGAGUCCAGAGAGGGAGCAGCUGGAAGCAGCAUCAACAUCACUGUAGCUGAUACAGUGGUCCUCCAGAGUCCAGUCCUCCCUGUGAUGGAGGGACAGGACGUCACUCUGGGUUGUAGAACCAGCGCUCCCUCCACCCUCUCAGCUGAGUUCUUUAAAGACGGUGUCUUCAUUGGGACCGAGUCCACAGGUCACAUGACCCUCCGCCAUGUUUCCCGCUCUGCUGAAGGCCUCUACAGGUGUAGCUUCAGAGGUGUUGGAGAGUCUCCACCCAGCUGGAUCUCUGUCUCAGCUCCGCCUACCAAAGCAGCUCCGCCCACUGAGGAAGCUUUGCCCAGAAGUGGAGCUCCGCCCACUAACAUCACCUCCCUCCAACUUGUGAUCACAGUUUUCCGCCACCUGCUGGUUUUCUGUCCGUACUUCAUCUCCACUCUGCUCAUGGUGUCGAUAUAUCGAGGCCAAAGGAGCCAAACAAGUCAUCCCCAUGGCGACGCCCCCAGGCUGAGCAGGGAUUGGACGAUGGAGUGAUGAUGUCAUAACCAGUAUAACCAGUCAGCGUCCGCUCUGAGGAUGAGGACCUGUUGUUGUCAUGCAGAAUGAAUAAAACCUUCAGACUUUCACUUG